CUAAAAUCAUUUCCCCGAUUCCCUUCCUCUCUCUCGUGAAAAGCAAUGGCGGCGGCGGCGAUUCGGGCGGAGCGACGGUGGCGGCGACGAUUCCGGCGGAGCCACAAUGAUUCCAACAAGCGGCAACAGCGCGAAGUCCCUUCCUUUCUCUCGUGAAAAGCGGCGGUGGCGACAAUUCCGGCGAGCGGCGAUGGCGCGUAGCGUGAAGCCACGGCUGUCUGAGCCACUCGGAUAUCGUGCAGCGAACUGAUGCCACCCGAGCCCGGUCUGAUGUCAUGCGUGGCGCCGUCCUGGUUCUCCUCCGCACGCAGCCAAGGCCGCGAUGACGAGCCUCGACCUCACACGACCCCCAAAAGACGGGCGCAAGGCCGGUCCAAGGCGAUGGCUAGGGUGCGUGCACGGCGGUGCUGAUGCCGUGCUCGCAUCACAUGAUGGCAGCAAUUUGCCAAAUCGAUGCAGAAGAUGGGUGUGAAGAGGAGGAAGAGCAGAAGCAAGCACACAAACACGACGUCGUACUCCUCCCGAGCUGAUGGAAGACAUGGUUACGGAGAUCCUGGUGCGGCUGCCUGUCAAGUCCCUCCUGCGGUUCAAGCCCGCGUGCAGAGCCUGGCAAGCCAUCAUCGACGACCCCGUGUUCAUCCGAGCUCACCUGCGCCGCUCCGCCUCCAGGUGGGAGCAGAGCCACAGCUUCAUCAUCAACCCUCACAGCAUGGUCAGAGUCCCUUGGGAUCGGUGGCCAGUCCCCUCCAAUCGCUACCGCUUCCAUCAGUGGCAGCUGCAACGCGGCACCACCACCACCUCUCCCAGAAACAAUAAUGUGGCGACGUUCUUGCAUGCCAAGGACUUAUCUGACGAUCAGCAGUUCUACACAACCGAGUUCACGCACCGCGACGGCCUGGUGUUUUCUACCACCACCACCAGCCUCCACGUCUUCAACCCAGCCACCAGGGAUGCCAUCACGCUGCCUACCAGUUCCAGGUCCAAUCUAAUGGGAGGUGGAAGAUUCAACUACCACUGCUCGGGUCUAGGCCUGGAUCCACGCACCGGCAUGUACAAGGUAGUCCAGGCUUUCUUCCGGUUCCAGUCAAUGGAACCAGCUGAAACAAAAAUGGGGAUGGAGGUGUUCACCAUUGGAGGAGGAGGUGGUGGUGCCGGUUGGAGGGAGAUCACGAGUGAUCCUCCAUACCCAGCCAAGAGAUUCCAGAUCGGCGUGUCUGUCUGCGGCUACAUGUUCUGGCGCUUUUCCGAGAGGCAUACGAAGCUCGAGCGCGGCAUCCUCCAUCUUAGCCUGGAGGAAGAGGAGUUCGGCAUCACCGGCCUGCCAGAUGAGCUGGACACUGAUAACAGCUUCUUGCUGGACGAGCUACUCGGCCGGGAUCUGUGUGUGUCGGCGUCUAACACCAGCUGCACGAUGCUGAACAUAUGGACGCUGCCUGUAGCGGACGAGAGCCUGUGCACGCUGUGGCAAUGGCGUUACUGCAUCGAUUACCCCUGGAGUCUUUGCUCUGUGAUGGCUCUUCCUCCUUUCAGCGAUGAAAUCAUCUUGUUGCGAGGUAAUAAUAUAUGUCGCUAUGAUCUGGCGACUUCUAAGCUCAAGAUACUAUGUAGAUUGGAUCGCACGAGGUACCAGGGGGAGGGGGCACGGAAGUCGGAAUUGUUCAGUGCCAUGCCGUUCAUCGAAAGUCUCGUUCGGAUCACUUAUUAAUAGCCGAUCAUCGCCCUGUUCAGUUGGGGCUUUAGCCUUCAGCAGCAAAGCCAGCACAAACAGGAUUUUGUGCCUUCUCAGCUGUCUGCAGCGCUGCCGCAGAAUAAGCAGCUAUUUGCAUGUUUAUCUAUUUUAUAUGUAUUUUGAACCAUGUGAUAUGUACUAAUUAAGUUAAAAGUUUUAUGCUUAGCUAGUGAAUAUCUGUGUGGUACUUUCAUCUUAACCAUAUAAAUAUGGAAAUUCCUAGCUUUUAAUUUUUUUA